UCUAUUAUAUAUUUUUUCCCAAAAUGCAAAUUUACGGACUCUGCUUUGUUGUUGAACGAGAAUUAAAACCAAUUCCUUUACAAAAUGUUGCUGUUGAAGCCAAUAUCGUUGAUAUGAUCGCUGAAGUUACGAUCAGCCAGACUUACAAAAAUGUUGAAAAAAAUACCAUUGAAGCUCUCUAUAAAUUUCCUAUUUAUGAAGCCGCAGCAAUCUGCGGCUUUGAGGCGGAAAUUGAUGGACAGAGAAAAGUAAAGGGUAUCGUAAAAGAAUCAAAAGAGGCCGCCAAAGAAUAUACUGAAGCAGUUCAGGAAGGACAUGGUGCUUAUUUGUUAGAAUCUGAAUCUGAAGAUGUUUUUCAAUGUUCUGUUGGAAAUAUUACGUCAGGACAAACCGUAGUCAUGAAGAUUACAUAUGUUACCGAACUUAAACAUGAUUCUGAAUCUGAGAAUAUUCGAUUUGUUCUACCAACUAAUAUCGCUCCAAGAUAUGGUUCUUCGGAAUAUUCAUCAUCUUCAAAUGAUGGAAAAAUUCUUAAUCCUGAUGUUGUGUCUUAUUCUAAUAAAGCAGAUUUUUAUUUAAAUCUUGCUAUUACUUGUAGAAUGACUUCAACUAUUCAAAAUAUUGAAUCACCUUCACAUAAAAUUUCUACUGAAAUGAAUAUUGAUGAAAAUCCUAAAAUAUCUAAAAUUACUUUAACUCAACAAACUACUUAUUUAGAAAAAGAUUUUAUUCUUGUAGUUAAAAGUAAAGACCUUGAUCAACCUCGAGCUUUUGUUGAGUAUAAUCCUGAAACAAAAACUAACUGUGUUAUGUUAACUUUGGUUCCAAAACUCUCAUUAAAUACUACCAUAUCUGAACUAGUUUUUGUUGUUGAUAGAUCGGGAUCAAUGAGUGUUGAACCUAUGAAAAAAGCUGCACAAGCACUUGAAUUGUUAUUACGCUCACUUCCUGAAGAUUGUUACUUUAAUGUAAUUUCUUUCGGAUCUCAUUAUGAUUCUCUUUUUCCAAAAAGUCAAUCCUAUUCUGAAACAUCUUUAUCUGAAGCUCUUAAUCUUGCUCAAACAAUGAAAUCAAACUAUGGAGGAACAGAAAUUUAUAGUGCAUUAGAAUGGGUAUUUGAAAAUUCAAGGGAUGAUAUACCAACUUCUGUAUUCCUUCUUACAGAUGGUGAAGUUUGGAAUGUUGAUCAAAUUGUAAGACUUGUAAGUCAAAAUGAAGAAAAAAAGAAAGAUGUUUUACGUCUUUUUUCAUUAGGAAUAGGCGAUUCUGUUUCUCAUAAUUUAGUUGAAUCUGUUGCUCGUGCUGGUAAAGGAUAUGCUCAAUUUGUAACAAAUGAUGAAAGAAUGGAUAAAAAAGUCAUUGGAAUGUUAAAAAAUGCAUUAAAACCACCAGUUAAGGAUUAUAAUAUUACUUGGACCAAUGUUGAUCUAUCGGAAUCAAAGGAAAAGAAAGAGUUACAAGCGGAAGUUAAAUCCGCUACUAGUUUUACGAAUGAUAAUACAGAAUCACCAUCACAAAGUGAUAUAUUCAUUGAUACUAAAGUUCAACAAGCUCCAUAUAUUAUUCCACCUAUUUAUCCUGGUGUUCGAUUUAUUGUUUAUUGUAUUUUGGAAAAAAAUAUUGAACCACGUAAGAUUAUUACUUUAAAAGCUACUUCCCAAGACGGCCCUAUGAAACUUGAUAUUCCUUUGGAUCCAGUUACUUUACAAGGUUCAAAGAUUCAUAGAUUAGCGGCAAGGAAACUUAUUCAAGAUCUUAAUGAUGAAAAAUCAUUUAUUCAUAAACAUCCUAAAAAUGCUGAUAAGCAUAUCCCAGAUUCAUUAGUUAAAGAACAUAUUGUUAAACUUGGUAAAACUUAUAAUUUAGCUUCAAAAUAUACAAGUUUUAUUGCAAUUGAUGAAAGAAACAAUGAAACUGUAUCUGAAGCACGAACAAUUCCACAGAAAAGGGAAGUUCCCCAGUUUUUUGCAGGAAAAGCUAGCUUUUUUUUAGCUUCUUCAAGUAUGAAUAUUAGUGGUCCAGCGAGGAAAGCGAAAAGAUCAUUUGCCGUUGGAUUACAGCAAGAUACUCCAUUGCAAGUUACGCCAGCAGCACUACAGAAAGUUAACGUUAAUCAUAAAGAGCCAAAAAUUGAAAAUUUAUUCGAGUUUUUAGGAUUACAAUCUUUUGAUGGUAAAUUCUUGCCAAAUAAAUCAUUUUAUGAAUUUUUUUAUAAAAAUGAUUUGAAUGAUUUCAUCAAUUUAAAACAAGAAAUUGAAAAAGAGAUUGGUAAGACUGAUGUUGAGGAAAUAUUAAGUACUUGUAUUGCUAUUUCUUAUCUGGAAAUUAUUAUGUUUGAAAAAUUUAAAGAUGAAAGUGAAAUGUGUCAUGAAAAAGCUGAAAAAGCUUUAAAGAAAAUGGUAGAAAAUGAAGGAAAAGGAAAAAUUAUUAUUGAAAAAUCUAAAGAAUGGAUUAAUAAUUGGAUUAAUAGUGAUAGCGAAAAGAAAGAAGAAUGAAUUAUAUAAUAGUUUUGUUCUCUUCUUUUAAUAAGCAAUAACGUUUAUUUUUAUUCAUUUUAUAUAGUAUAAUAUUAAAUAUUUUAUGUUUUUUAACUGUAUAAUUAAAGUAUUGAUUU